UUUUAGAGAGUCAAGACUGAGGAGACGAUAUUUUUGAAGUGCGGAAAACGGAAUCGAACUCUGGUUUAUAGGAGGGAACACUACUAUAAAUAGAACCCUAAAAGCCUUUUACCGCCACUCUCUCUCUCUCUUUCUAUAUCACAUUCCCUCAAUCAAGGUCCGGAAUCCCAUUCCUCUGUUUUCUGUUUUCGCAUUAUUUGAAUCUCUUUCUUUUCUUUGGAGUUAAGAAACGAAGCUAUGGUUGGGACAUCGGAGGUAAUUAAAUCGCCAUUUCUGGAUCUAGACAACGGGGCAGUGGUGGCGAAGAUCUUGGCGGAUGAUUUCGAUCCGAGAACCGUGGUUCCGGAGCCUCUGCCUCCGGUGGUUAUGACGAACGGUGAAGAUCAUGGAGAAUGUGACGGAGAUGAGGAGGUUUUAGUGGACGAAAAGAUGAAGGCGAAGAGGGAGAUCGUUCUCGGUAGGAAUGUGCAUACCACGUGCCUUGCCGUCACGGAGCCAGAUGUUAACGACGAGGUCACUGGUGAUAAAGAAGCUUUCAUGGCUAGCGUUUUGGCUCGCUAUCGGAAAACCCUUUUGGAGAGGACCAAGUACCAUUUAGGGUAUCCUUAUAAUUUGGACUUUGAUUAUGGUGCACUUGGACAAUUACAACAUUUCUCCAUUAACAAUCUUGGGGAUCCAUUCAUUGAGAGCAAUUAUGGUGUCCAUUCAAGGGAGUUUGAAGUUGGUGUUUUAGAUUGGUUUGCUCGUUUGUGGGAGAUUGAGAAGGACGAGUACUGGGGUUACAUUACAAAUUGUGGCACAGAAGGAAAUCUACAUGGGAUUUUAGUUGGGAGAGAAGUUUUCCCUGAUGGAAUUCUGUAUGCAUCAAAAGAAUCUCAUUAUUCCGUGUUCAAAGCUGCUAGAAUGUAUAGAAUGGAUUGUGUGAAGAUUGCUACCCUUGUCUCGGGUGAGAUUGAUUGUUCGGAUUUUAAGGAUAAACUCCUUCCUAACAAGGAUAAGCCAGCCAUAAUCAAUGUUAACAUAGGAACAACUGUUAAGGGAGCGGUUGAUGAUCUUGAUCUAGUAAUUCAAACCCUUGAAGAAAGCGGAUUUUCACACGAUCGAUUCUACAUCCAUUGUGAUGGAGCACUUUUUGGACUUAUGAUGCCUUUUGUCAAAAGAGCACCAAAGGUUUCUUUCAAGAAGCCCAUUGGAAGUGUGAGCGUCUCUGGCCACAAGUUUGUGGGGUGUCCGAUGCCUUGUGGUGUUCAGAUAACAAGGCUGGAGCACAUCAAUGCACUUUCAAGGAAUGUUGAGUACCUUGCCUCCAGGGAUGCCACGAUCAUGGGUAGCCGAAAUGGCCAUGCUCCUAUAUUCCUCUGGUACACCCUGAACAGAAAAGGUUACAAAGGAUUCCAGAAAGAAGUCCAGAAGUGCCUUAGAAACGCUCACUACUUGAAGGACCGUCUACGUGAAUCUGGAAUCAGUGCCAUGCUGAACGAGCUGAGUAGUACCGUUGUGUUCGAGCGGCCUCAAGAUGAGGAGUUUGUUCGCAGGUGGCAGUUGGCUUGCCAAGGAAACAUAGCCCAUGUCGUGGUGAUGCCUAAUGUGACCAUAGAGAAACUUAAUAUUUUCUUAGAUGAAUUGGUUGAAAAACGUUCAACUUGGUAUCAGGAUGAUAAAGUCCACUCUCCUUGUAUUGCUGCUGAAGUAGGAGCUGAAAAUUGUGUUUGCAGGAUCCACAAGUGUUAGAGCUUUCAACUAGGAGAGGCACCAUUGUUGUUGUUUUGUUUGUUAUGUACUCUUAAUUCUUGGUUUAUUAAUAAAAUGGAGAAGAAAUCCUUAAUUCUUGGUAGUAUCUCAAAAGGAUUUCUUCACAUGAUAUGAUAA